AUGUGGAUCGACCCACAGGCUCUUGAUACUCAAUGGCCGAACUCCACUGAGAUGGUUAUGACUGACCCCGAAACUAAGAAUCUGACAAAGAAACAGAAGGAAGCCUACAUUGCAGCUCUUGAGGAGCAUCCCACGACGGAUAGGAUAGUAAAAGAGCUAGAUGAUCUGCAAGUUCGGACUGGUGUCUAUGGAACACUAUUCGUCGUACGCGGUCACAUCAACAACACCAUUCAAAGCGCGAUGCACAGCAUGAAUAAUUUGGAAGAUUUUUGGGAGGAUGUGUACGAGCAUCCCAUGGCUGACUUUCUCAGGCACGGAGGAAUAGAAUUAGGUCUUUGUGCAAGCGUCGGGAGCAGUACGAACCUUUUGUCUUCGUACUGCGACACUGCAUCUUCCCGUCUCAACGAUAUCGUCUCGUUCCUCCUUUCUUUUCCUCCGUUCAUCAACUUCAUCAAUAGUUUCAUCUCACAAGUACCUUUCUGUCAAGAGCUCAGCACCCUAUUCCAGCAAACACAUUCUGAAUUCCCCCGGAAUACCAUGGAUUGCAUUGAAGCAGACCCAGCUCUAGAAGCACAACCAAACUUUGAGUCAGCAGCAUAUCAUGGUUGGCUCAAUGCCCUAAUGGAUGGUGGCGCUACCAGAGAAGAGGCUCUAGUGCAGAUGGCAGAAGGUUGGGGUCUCAAGUGA